GCGGCUGGUUGCCUUCGGCCCGGCUUACUGCGGCUGCUCAGUAUACUCCGCUGGCGCAAAGAGGUCUGCAGCCGGCCUCUACAGCGGAGGUGAAGCCUGGGACGCGGCGUGUCUCCGCCCCGCCGUGCAGCAAGGGGGUGUGUUUGGGGGGUAUAGAGAGUAGCUGAGGAGGAGGACCCAGGGUCGUGCUGUGCUCUGCCUUUCCCUCGCUUCCUGGCACCAAGGCUGCACGAGCCUAAGGGUGAUUUUUUUUCUUUCCCCCCCUUGGGCCCAAUAUGAUACUAACCAAAGCCCAGUACGAGGAGAUAGCCCAGUGCCUAGUGUCUGUACCGCCCACCAGGCAGAGCCUGAGGAAGCUGAAGCAGAGGUUCCCCAGUUCUGUCCAUGAACACUCAAACAAGUGGUGGCUGAUCACCCAAAGGAAAAGUCAAUCGCAGGCCACUCUGCUGAGCAUCUUCUCCCAGGAGUACCAGAAACAUAUUAAAAGAACACAUGCCAAACAUCACACUCCAGAAGCGAUUGAAAGUUAUUACCAGAGGUACCUGAAUGGCGUGGGGAAAAAUGGAGCAGCCCCUGUGCUCCUGGAGCUGGCCAAUGAGGUGGACUAUGCACCCUCAUUAAUGGCUCGGAUUAUCCUGGAGAGAUUUCUACAGGGGCGUGAACAGACUCCACCCUCCAAGUCUGUUAUAAAUAAUAUGCUACGGGACCCUUCUCAGAUUCCAGAUGGAGUUCUAGCCAACCAGGUCUAUCAGUGCAUCGUGAACGACUGCUGUUAUGGACCGCUAGUGGACUGCAUCAAGCAUGCUAUUGGCUAUGAGCAUGAAGUCCUGCUGAGAGACUUGCUUCUGAAGAAAAACCUGUCCUUCCUAGAUGAAGAUCAGCUCCGUGCAAAGGGCUAUGACAAAACACCAGACUUCAUUUUACAGGUGCCAGUUGCUGUGGAAGGGCACAUAAUUCACUGGAUUGAAAGCAAAGCCUCAUUUGGUGAUGAAUGUAGCCACCACGCCUACCUGCAUGGCCAGUUCUGGAGCUACUGGAAUAGGUUUGGACCAGGCUUGGUCAUCUAUUGGUAUGGAUUUAUCCAGGAACUGGACUGCAACCGGGAAAGGGGCAUCCUGCUCAAAGCCUGUUUCCCCACGGACAUCGUCACCUUAUGCCAUAGCACAGCCUGACCCUGAAGAUCCUGAAGAGAAGCCGGAAGCAAUGUUACUUUUCUGAAGUAUAAACUUCUGGCAACAUCUGCCCUGAACUUCAGCUGAACCCUGGCUGCUGCAGUCGCAGCCCUACCUCUCUAGACAAACAUAUCAGGAGUUUCUGCUUUCCUUCAUCCCUAGCUGAUGUGAAUAGCCAAGAACUCCGGACACAACCCACUCAUUAUCAGCAUCUCUGUCUCUGACACAGUUAGUUUAUAGAUAGUCAUAAUCUUGCUUCCUUCCGAAGGCUUUCUCCUUGUACACUGAACAGAAGGAGAAAUGUGGGGACUGAAGGGUGGGAUUUUUCAAUUCUCCUCCCUGUUAUCGAAUCACUGAAUCACUGCCUUGUUUUUUCUGCUAAACCUCUACUCAUUCAUUCUCUUUCUCUCUCUCUCUCUCUCUCUCUCUCUCUCUCUCUCUCUCUGUAUGGGUAAACUUUGGUACUAAGUGUUGCAUUAACAUCAGGGAAUAACCUAGCACAAACAUAGAAAAGCUGGAGACGGGAAGUCUGUAAGUAUGUGUUCCUUCUCACCUGGGGCUCAGGAUGACUGGACAGGGACUUUUACCUGUCCAGCAUUAUGGCCUCCUGACUUGUGUGGCAUCCAGCCAAGCUGCAGAAAUCCCCCUUGAUGAGAAUUUCCUCUUUUCAUAAAGGUUAUUUGAACACCAAACAUUUCACAUUGAUCUCACCUUAAAUAUGAAUUCUUUGUGUCUGGCAACCAUGAUGCUUUGGUUUGGGACUAAGGCAGAAGACCAAUGUUCAGCCUCCCUGUUUAUAGUGGCCCUUUAGACAUGAAUGCUGGCCUCUACAAUGUUGGCCACUAUUUUUAUGAGAUUUUUUUUUAAGUGCAUUCAUACAUACUGCUUUGUGUCUACAUUUUAUACCAAAUAAUCUUAUAACAACCCUCAAAUAAGUUAGACAUUAUAAAUCGUCAGCUUUGAACAUAUUAAGUGUACCAGGAAAAUCCUAGAAUGAUUUUUAAAUAAGCAAAAUAAAAGAGAUUUUGUAUUUAUUCACUUUAAUUUAUUCACUUUUAUAUCCUGAAGACCAGACUUCAGUCAGAAGCAAAACAUCAAUAAAAUAAUUAUAAACCUAUCUUUUGGGAAAUUAAAAAGUAAUCUGCAAUCCCCCCCCCAAAAAAAGUACUUAGUAAAAACUAUGUGCCCCAGUGCUUGUAAAUGUCAUUUUUAAAAUGUUAAAUAGAUGUUUUUAGAAGUAAAAAUAAGACUUUUGGAAACACCUUAAGUCAUACACAAUGAUGGGUUCCUUUUGUGCCUGGUCUAUGAAAAACCUGGCCUGUUGCCUUCCUGCCAAGGGCCACAGUGCAGCAGGUCCAAGAUAGGAUGUUAAGCUCUCCUGGGAGACUGCAGUAAAUCAAGGGGGAGAAGGGAGAGUAGUAAGGAAGCAUCAGGCAGGUUUUGUGUAUGAAAUAGAUGAUUUGAGACCACUGUUACAUUGCCUUUACACAUAAGCUUUAAAAAGAUAUUAAAAUCUGGUUUCAUGACAUGCCCUAAGACACUGGUUUUAUUUGUUUUGUUUUUUGGUUGUGGGAGAAGUUGCAGUAAAUUACAUGUAUCUACACAGAUAUUAAAAAUCCUGCUAAGCCUUCGUCAAAGAUAUGCUUGUUUUUACAUCAUCCUAAUUUAUGAUGAGCAUGCACAAAUAAAUUUUAAAGGCUCAAAA